CUGGUUAAAACUUUUGAAACUGCAAAUAGCUUAAUUGUAGGCUUAAAUCGGAGGUGUUACAAAAGUGUCAGAAGGGUGACGAAAUGUAUCCUUGCACGGGGGUGUCAACUGAUCAGAGUCAGUGUGUGAUCUUUGAGAGAGAAGAGACCCAAAAUGUCAACCCUAUGACGUUAGUGCUGGCGCACGAAUGAAUUCCGAACGAAUGGACGCGCGAGCCAAAAUCGUGAUCAGAAGACGCUGAAAGAACAAGGCGAGAACGAGGUUGGGAGAUCAGGGAAGACCGAAUUUAAACGCCGGGAUUACAUAUAUUGUAUAGCCUAUUAAAUUGUUAUCUAGGGUUGUUUUCUUUGUUUGUUUCUACUAGUCACAAGUCUUCUAGAAUUACAGUGCACGGAACUUGACAUCAUGAUGCCGUUCCUAAGAACCCUACUUGUGCUGGCUGUUCUGUGCGCGCCAUCCUCCAGCCUCUGUCUCAGACUGUACCAGAGCGACUCCAACCUCCUAUGUGACGACGACAUACUAGCUGAGGUACAGAGGAACAACGUUCCCAGUGACGAGUUCCCAGUGUCGGAUAGCUGGGGCUCCCUCUUCAAAUCCGGAGACACCAUCUCCUCCGCAGAGUCGCGCGAGAAAAGGACGUCGACUUACCCCGCCAACUACAGGUUUCUCAGUCAGACGCAGCUAAGGAGUAAGAUGUUCCAGAACAGUGUAAAGAAUGACCGGCUGAGCAAGUUUACCCUCUCUCUAGAUGUGCCCACCAACAUCAUGAACAUUCUCUUUGACAUGCAAAAGUCCAAGAACCUGCGCGCAAAAGCGGCCGACAACGCGCGUCUGAUGGCGCAGAUUGGACGAAGAAAGCGACAGUAGCCUAUCUCUCCAACGGUUGAAGCCGCUACCCUGAUUUACCAUUACAUAUUAGAUUUUCACUCUGACAAAUGAAGUUUGCUGGAAGUUGUAUUUUUCCUCAAGUCGACCUUUCAGAUGCAGUAUUUGUGAGAUGUUUUUUUCUGUGUGUAUUUUAUGCACAUAAAUGGUUGCCUUCACUUUGAGUAUGAUCUAGCAAACUUAAAUCCGAAACAUAGGAAUUAUUGAGAUUGACUUUUCUGAAGUACAAUUUGAGUUUUUACUGCAUAGGCCUAUUAUAUUUUAGAAUCACUUAAAUGUAAUGAAAAUCAAAAGACAAUUCGAGAUUAUUUUGAACUAUGCUACACACUGAAUGAUUUUCACGUCUGUUCAGAAUAUAAAUUAAAUUAACGUUUUUUCAAGAUAAGGUUAGUCUCUAUAGGCUAUACAACUUCUAUAGUCUUCUACUUGAGUGUUAAAGGUCGAAUCAGGAAAUGUGGUCUAAUGAGAGGUGUCUUAGAAAUUAGAUAAGGCAAAUGAAAAUGGGAAAUAUGUAAAUAUAGGAUAUGCAUAAGAGCUGUAAUUAGCCUGUCAAUGGAAAUGGGUUGCAUUUCUUCGCAAUUGUGCCCGCGUUUUACAUUUACAUUUACGUCAUUUAGCAGACGCUCUUAUCCAGAGCGACUUACAAAUUGGUGCAUUCACCUUAUAGUUUUAUAGGAAAAGCAAGGCAUGCAUAUGCUUGAAAUACAGGACAGUACGGUACAAUACAAAUUAUGUGAACAAAUUGCAUUCAUUGAAAUACGCACGCAUGUUGCGGCAUUUUUUUGUGUAAAGAGAAGCGAGUUAGCCUAUAUAACUUUGUGAAUAGACACUAGAAUAUGAAAUGUUUAUGAGUUAUUUCAAGGUAAAUGCAUGGAAGCCUCAAUGUUUGAUCAUCAAAUGUCUGUUAUUUUUAUACGCAAAGGGAUUAUUUUUCCUCAAAUAAAAGCAGAUGA